AUGGAUAAUGUUUCUGUACUAACAUUUUUUAUUCUUUCAGGAUUAAAUUACACAGCGCAGCACAGAACUAUUCUCUUUGUGCUCACUUUACUGUAUUACUCACUGAUAUGGAUAGUAAAUGCUGUUCUUAUUGUGACCAUUAUUGUGGACAGAAAGCUUCAUGAACCAAUGUAUAUCUUCCUGUGUAAUCUGUGUGUCAAUGCACUUUAUGGGACCACAGGCUUUUACCCAAAAUUCCUCAUGGAUCUUCUGUCUACCACUCAUGUCAUCUCUUAUACCGAAUGCUUUCUGCAGAGUUUUGUGAUAUACUCAUCAGCUGGAGGUGACUUAUCAAUUCUAGCUGUUAUGGCUUAUGAUAGAUAUGUGGCAUUAUGUAAACCACUAAUGUACCACUCUGUCAUGACUAGACAAAGAAUAUUUAUGUUAGUGGCUUUAUCUUGGCUCUUACCACUUUACUGCAUGUUCAUUAACACAAUAACCAUUUUUCAGUCAAAGUUAUGUGGCUCACACAUACCUAAACUUUACUGUGCAAACUCUCUAAUUAGUAGACUAGCCUGCUCUACCUCUAUAGUUAAUAAUAGUAUUGUAUAUUUCAACAUUGCUUUUUACUGUGGCCAUUUUAUCCUUAUCAUUUGGUCUUAUAUGUAUCUAAUCAGGACAUGUCUGAAAUCCAAAGAGGGCAGGAGUAAGUUUAUGCAGACAUGUGUGCCACAUUUAAUCUCUUUAUUAAACUUUGGUUUUGCUGUGCUUUUUGAUUUAAUGUACUCACGAUUUGGUUCGAGUACAUUAUCUCAAAGCCUCCAGAACUUCAUGGCGAUCGAGUUCCUGCUCAUUCCUCCGGUUAUGAAUCCUCUGAUAUAUGGGUUAAAUUUGACCAAAAUUCGGAAAAGAAUUCUUGGUUUUUCAAGAGCCAAAAGAAAGCUUUCAGACAAGGUCGAUCGGUCAAGGUGA